AUGCUGCUGGAGCUCGUGGAUGAAUGCAAACAACACAUUUGGGAGUUCAUGGACGUACAGGAGCUUUGUCGAGUGGCGUGUGAAGCGCUGGACACCGACACAGGUGUGCUGAGCUGCCAAUUGCAACGCCACAAUGCCAGUCGCAAUCUCUUGACACGAGAGGAGGACUGUCAAAAGGUGACAAUAGCUCCGGAUGACGAGGACAAACUAUCUGAAAUGUAUGACACAAUCGACUGGAGACUUUGGUGUCGAGACACGCAUUUGCUGACUCUUGUAAGAUUUAGUUUUAACAAUACGCGCUUUGCUCAAGCGAUGAGCCUAAAAAGGGAGCGAUCUCAUAGUGUCAAAGCCUCUUCUCAUGCAGACAAACGCACGCGUCGACUUCAGAUGAAUUGUGUCAGGUGGAUGAAUCGAGCGCACAGACGACAAGCUGUAGCGUCGCAGUCGAUACAAGCGCAGAAUGCCGCGCUGUCAAAGGCGGAGCUGGCUUUGAGAGCGCAACAAGUGGAAAAUAUGAUCCAAACGACGGCGCAAGAACAAUUCGGACUGCGAAAACGAGCGAUGAAAAGUUUGCACAAAUUUAAUACGCAACUGGCUACUGGAUCGAACUUAUUUUAUGAUUUAGGUGCCUUACAAUUCGUCGCUUAA